AUGCAAAACGGCGAUGUGAAGCGAUCAAACAGGGUUGUUCGCUACAAACCGGCCGAUCCACAAACAUCGGCUGCGCUUGCCGAUGAUCCGAUUCCGGAGUACAUGAACGUUCUGGGAAUGGUAUUCAGCAUGUGUGGUUUGAUGAUGAGGGUAGUAGACUGCAGCAGUGUUUUCAGUGAUUACCUCAGUUUUAGUGCUAUCCACUAUUUUUCCUGUUAA